GAGCGAGCGAGUGAGUGAGUGUGUGAGAGAGGGAGGGAGUGGGGGGGAAGGACCCCUUUUGCUCUGCAAGAUCUGAAGGGGGCUUUGGAGAUCUGGUCAGCUUUCAGGAACAUCUGAAUCCUCUUAGAGCUCCGCGGCCCAGCUGUGAGUGUGUGCGAGCGAGCCGGGAGAGGGGAGCGGGGCGGCUGGUGCUCCUCCAAGCGCAUUAAGGACACUCGGGCCUUUUAAUUUUAGGAAUGAAUGCUGAUACUUGUGUUUCUUAUUGUGAUCCGGCUGCCAUGGAGUCCUACUACAACGCAGCCUCCCAGAGCACAGAGGGCUCCUCGCCUUUUAGGGCAUUUCAAGCGAGUGACAAGUUCAGCCCCGCUUUCCUGGCCAGCAAAGGACAAGGCUUUGGUGACAGCAGCAGCAAGUGCCGGAGCCGCUAUAGCCAGCAGGAAUGUCAGUCCCUGGAUGGCAGUGGGCAGGCUCCGAGCUCGGCCGGGGCUCAAGGCUCCUUUAACAAAUACCCAGCUCAGCAGCAGCAGCAUCUCUACAUGCAGCGAGGUCCCUGCAAAACGCCCCCGGAUAGCAACCUCAAGCUGCAAGAGACCAGCGGCCACAACGGAGCCCUGCCAGUGCCCUGCUACGGUAAAGAGAGCAACUUGGGAGAAGCCGACUUACAGCCAAGCUCUGAUCCUUCGGGAAUGGACAGCAGCUACCUCAGUGUGAAGGAGGCUGGAGUAAAGGUUCCCCAGGACAGGGCCAGCACUGACCUCCCCAGCCCCAUGGACAAGACCGACUCAGAGAGCAACAAAGGCAAGAAGCGGCGGAACCGCACCACUUUCACCAGCUACCAGCUGGAGGAACUGGAGAAAGUUUUCCAGAAGACCCACUACCCAGAUGUCUAUGCCAGGGAGCAGCUAGCUAUGAGGACAGACCUCACUGAGGCCCGAGUACAGGUUUGGUUCCAGAACCGGCGAGCAAAAUGGAGGAAGCGAGAGCGGUUUGGUCAGAUGCAGCAAGUUCGCACCCACUUCUCAACAGCCUAUGAGUUGCCCCUCCUAACCCGAGCGGAGAACUAUGCCCAGAUCCAGAACCCAUCCUGGAUUGGGAACAAUGGUGCUGCCUCUCCUGUGCCUGCCUGCGUGGUCCCCUGCGACACGGUGCCCUCCUGCAUGUCCCCCCAUGCUCACCCCCAUGCGGCCGGUGGAGUCUCUGAGUUCCUGAGCGUCUCCAGCCCAGGCAGCCACGUGGGACAGACUCACAUGGGCAGUCUGUUUGGCACUGCCGGGAUCAGCCCGGGCCUCAAUGGCUACGAGCUGAACAGUGAGCCGGACCGCAAGACCUCCAGCAUCGCAGCCCUGAGGAUGAAGGCAAAGGAGCACAGUGCUGCCAUCUCCUGGGCAACAUGACAGAGCUGCGGCCAACGCCCUGCAGACACUGAUAGAGCAAAUGGGGACAACCAAAUAAAUCCAUCCGCUUGGACUCAA